AAGGCAGAUCUGGGCUGCGUUCUAUUCGCAACAUCGCAGCGGCUGCAGACACUUUCUCUCUGUUGCUUCCCUUCAUCCGAGCGUCAGCUCUAAUCAUUCAAGCGUGCAAAAUAACCGUGUCUAGAAACUCUGCCUUUUAUGUGACAGCAGAAAACAAUUCCUGCAAGGCUCCUGCACCGUUUAUUUUAUGUGUAGCAAGCAAGUUCUGUUUCCUGUAGGUUUGAGAAUUAAUUGAGGCCAUGGCAACUUGGGUGGGACUGCUGAGCCUCCUGAUGGUGAACCUUGUGGCAGUCCACGGGGGCAUCCAGGGUGACGUCACCGCCGACCUCUCAGUGAAGCUCUACCACCACUUGAGGUCAAUGGAGAAAGAGGAGAAUAUCUUCUACUCCCCCUUCAGUAUUGCCACUGCUUUGGGAAUGAUUGAGCUCGGAGCUGCUGGUACAACCCUCCAGCAGAUCCAACGUGUCAUGGGCUCCAAUAACAUGCAAAGAGAUGGGGAGUUUGUGUUCUUGCGGGAAUUGUCGCAGGCCAUGCGAGCAGACCGGCAGCAGUACGUCAUGAAGGUUGCCAACUCCUUGUUUGUGCAGGCGGGCUUUCAACUCAGUGACCAUUACCUGCGCAUGCUGAAGAGAUAUUUCAGUGGCGGGGUGGAAAAGGUGGACUUCAGCCACCCGUCUUCAGUGGCCGAUCAGAUCAACGCGUGGAUACAGAAUCAAACCAAUGACAAGAUACAAGGCCUUUUAAAACCGAAGGACUUCAGUGUCUUGACCCACGUGGUCCUGGUCAAUGCAAUUUACUUCAAAGGGAACUGGAAGUCGCAGUUCAGACCAGAGCACACACGCACGUUCCCUUUUACCAAAGACGAUGAGAGUGAAAUCCAGAUCCCCAUGAUGUACCAACAGGGGGACUUCUUCUACGGCGAGUUCAGUGAUGGGUCGAAUGAAGCAGGAGGCGUGUACCAGGUCCUGGAAAUACCGUAUGUGGGGGACAAAAUCAGUAUGAUGAUCGUCCUCCCGAGGCAGGAAGUACAACUGGCCACUUUGGAGCCCCUUAUUAAAACCCAGCUCAUUGAUGAAUGGGCAAGCACUGUAAAGAAGCAGAAGGUGGAGGUGUACAUGCCGAGAUUUAAAGUGAUGCAGAACAUUGAUUUGGCGGAGGCGCUGGCUGGUCUUGGUAUCUCAGAAUUGUUUAGUCUCGAUGCUGACCUUUCUGCAAUGACCGGGAAGAAGGACCUUCACAUUUCCAAGGCUUUUCACACGUCUUUUAUUGAGGUGAACGAGGAGGGUUCGGAAGCAGCAGCAGCCUCGGAGAUGAUCGCUGUCAGCAGAAUGUUGACCCUCAACCCCCAGGUCAUCGCCGACCAUCCGUUCUUCUUUCUGAUCCGAAACCAGAGGACAGGUACCAUCCUAUUUAUGGGCAGAGUCAUGCAUCCGGAAGAUACUAAUCCAAAUGGUCACGAUUUUGAAGCAUUAUAGAGGCUGCCAUUCCACCACAAGAGACAUCUGGUUUAACAGCUCUCCGUGUUCACACUGUCAUCUCUUUAGCUCCGUACUCUGUAGAGUAAAUGCAUAGAAAAUAUAUGAAGUCAACA